AUGGGAAUAUACAUAUCUUUGGGUCUUCAUUCUCCUUCAGCUUGUUUUGCGCUUCAUCGUCUUUUCCCCACAGGCCACAACAGCAAGUAUAAUCCAAAAAUAAAACUCCACCCAGUAUACUGGAAAUGUCGCAGGUUUCAUGAGCAAGAUGCUGAGAUUAAGAAAGAGUUUUACUCUCGUGAUCAGGUCAAAAAGGUGAAAUAUGCUAGCAAUAUUGACUUGUACCGGUCGAGUUCUGCUAAUUGGAGGGAUACAUUAACUAUAUCUCUAAUGGUUUCAGAUCGUGUUGAACCUGAUGAAUUGCCAGCAGUUUGCAGAAGUUCAACAAUGGAGUACAUUGAUCAAGUAACAAAGUUAGGAGAACUUUUGUUCAAGUUAUUAGCAGAAGCUCUUGGCCUAAAACGAGAACACCUGGUCGAGAUGGGAUGCGCCAAAGGACGCGCUUUUGUUUGUCACUAUUAUCCAGCGUGCCCACAGCCGGAGCUGACUCUGGGAACCAGCAAGCACACAGAUCCUUGUUUCUUAACUGUUCUUCUACAAGAUCAAAUUGGUGGCCUUCAAGUUCUGAACAACAAUCAAUGGAUUAAUGUUCAGCCCCUGGCUGGUAGUUUAGUAGUAAAUAUUGGAGACCUCUUCCAGAUUAUAUCGAAUGACGAGUUCAAAAGUGCUGAGCAUAGAGUAGUAGCCAACCAGGUAGGACCAAGAAUUUCGACAGCCUGCUUCUUCACUGGUGUUGUAGUGCCUCCAAAGAUGUAUGGUCCAAUCGAAGAGCUGAUAACAGAAGAAAACCCCCCAAUAUAUGAAACGUUUACAUUAAGUAAUUAUAUAAGCAAGUUUUUCUCAAAAGCACUUGACAAAUCCAGCCUUGAUGAUUUCAAGUUGCAAGUCUAG